AGAGCGCGACUGGAUGAGGUCAUGGCUGCAGCGGCCCUUACAAGCCUGUCCACCAGCCCCCUCCUGCUGGGGACCCCGGCUGCAGCGUUCAGCUCAGAGCCCGGCUUGGAGCCCUGGAAGGAGGCCCUGGGCCGGCCGCUGGGCAGCUACAGCAGCAGCAGCAACAGUGGAGACUGGGACCUGGCCAGCGACCCGUCCUCCCCGUCCACACCGUCACCCCCACUGCCCCCUGAGGCAGCCCACUUCCUGUUCGGGGAGCCGGCCCAGAGGAAGAGGAAGAACUCGGCCCAGGUCAUGUUCCAGUGUCUGUGGAAGAGCUGCGGGAAGGUGCUGAGCUCCGCCUCCGGGAUGCAGAGACACAUCCGCGUGGUGCACCUGGGACGCCAGGCCGAGACGGAGCAGAGCGAUGGGGAGGAGGACUUCUACUACACAGAGCUGGACAUUGGCGUGGACGCGCUGACCGAUGGGCUGUCCAGCCUCACCCCAGUGUCCCCCACGGCCUCCGUGCCGCCCGCCUUCCCGCGCCUGGAGCUGCCGGAGCCCUCGGCCGUCCCGGGUCUGCUGCAGCCCCUAACCCUGCCCUCGCCCCCAAUGCUGAGCUCCGUCGUCCCCCGACCGGUGUGCCACAUCCACAGUGACCAUGCCUACCAGGGCUGCCUGGCACCCAUCCACCUGGAGCCGCAGCCCACCACAGUCAGGGCCUGCUUCACGCCGGCCCUGCCUUCCAAGCUUGCUGCCAACCCCAGGAAGCCCCGUGGUGAUGCCAAGAAAUGCCGGAAGGUGUACGGCAUGGACCGCCGGGAGCUGUGGUGCACGGCAUGCCGCUGGAAGAAGGCCUGCCAGCGCUUCCUGGACUGAGCCUCCCCCCAGUCCCGGGGCUUCUUAAAGGAGAAAAUAAGCUACCCCCCACAACCCACACACACACACACCAGGGCUGCACAGCCUGGGAGAGGACAGACCUGGACUCCCAGCGGCAGGUCUAUUUCCUAACGGGGGGAGUUGGUGACCCCGGGCCCCCAGAGGUGGGGGGGGGUCCCGACCACUCAAAGUGCCUCUGAAGAAACCAGCCUUUUGCACUAAAGUCAAACCACACGCCGUCCCCUCGCUGCAGGGUUCCCAUGGCGGCCACCCUGCCUGUGAGCCCCAGACCUGCCAGGAUGCUGAUGGGGCCUCAGGCCAUGCCAUGCCAGCCCUCGAUGCACUUUCAGGGUGCCCGGGGAGGGACCACCCCACUUACUGCGAGGGUCCGAGCGCCCUGGGGUGGCGUUCGUACUGCGUCCCCAAGCUCAGGUGUCUCCGUCUGGGCCGCAC